ACCUCUUCCCUACUGCCUCUCCCCGAACCACUCCUUCUCCCCCACCAUCCUAUCCCCUCCCCCUCCCAACCACAAACCUUCUUCACCUCCAAUAGAUCCAAACCCCCCAAACCCCCCACCAUGACAGAGUAAUGAAAAACAGAGUUCUCUUUCUCUCUGUCGUCGAUUGUUGUUGUUGCAGGACGGAGAUCAAAGAACGAUGAAGAAAAAUUGCAGAUCGAGAGAGAAAUUGCAGAUCGAAUGAUUACCUAGUUGUUCUGGAAUCCCAAGUGCAGGAAGUAGUUUCACUUUUUGAUGUUGUUGGGACUGAUGAUACAGCUAGUGUUGUUUUACCUAUUCCUCCUAUUCCGUGGUAGAUAUCCAUGAAAUUGGAGGAAUAGGUAAAACAACACUUGCUUUGCCAUUUCACAAUUCAAUUGUUCCUAUUUGGGCUUCACGUAAAUGAUUGCCACCAGCUUCAAGAGUUUCAAGGGACAAAAGGGAAUGUGAUAAACUCUAAAGCAACACCAUACAAUUAUUAGCAUCAAAGAGGAAAACUGAGAGCUGGAUCUUGCCAUUGUGGUCGGCGGUGGCUGCCUCCACUUCUGGUUCCAUUGCAUGUUGAGGGAAAAUGCCGUGAAUGGUGAACCAAUCUGGAGGAGUCACAUUGACAUGAAGUCACCCAUGGAGAGGAUUCUGAAGUUUAGUCACUGCCUCCAGGAGAUUGAUCAAAGUCUGGUUGUUUCAGAUUGAAUAAUCUCACAGUUGACCGGUGAUACUGCUAUUUAUGAAGGGGUCCUGACACUCGCCACGGCUUUACUGGAAAUCUCUACAAAGCUCUAUCUGAUAAGGGAAUUCACACCUUCUUUGAUGAUGAGGAGCUGAAGAGAGGGGAUGAAAUCACACCAACACUUACCAAGGCCAUUGAAGAGUCCAGGAUCGCCAUCCCUAUCUUCUCUAUGGACUAUGCUUCUUCUUCAUUUUGCUUGGAUGAACUUGUCACCAUCAUUCAGUGUGUGAAGGAAAAAGGUCGGUUAGUUUUACCGGUUUUCUAUGAUGUUGAUCCUUCUCAUGUGAGACAUCAAAGAGGGACUUAUGCUGAAGCAUUGGCCAAGCAUGAGAAGUGGUUUCAGAAUAACAAGGAAAAGUUGAAGGAUAACAUGGAGAGGUUGCAGAAAUGGAAGACAGCUCUUAACCAAGCAGCUAAUUUGUCAGGCUCUCAUUUCAAAUCCGGGAAUGAAUAUGAACAUGAGUUUAUUGGUAAGAUUCUUAAAGAGAUCUCAGACAGGCUUAGUCGCAUUCCUUUACAUGUUGCGGAUUACCCUGUGGGACUAGAGUCUCGAGUGCUAGCAGUAAUGUCACUUCUGGAUGUUGGAUCUGAUGGGGUCCAAAUGGUAGGGUUUUAUGGAAUUGGUGGAGUGGGCAAAACGACACUUGCACGAGCAGUCUAUAAUUUAAUAGCUGACCAAUUUGAAUGUUUCUGUUUUCUUCAUAAUGUGAGAGAAAAUUCGAACAAGCAUGGCUUAGAACAUCUUCAAGAGUAUCUUCUUUCUGAAGUAGUUGGGUUGAACAUUAAGUUAGGAGGUGUCACUGAAGGAAUUUCAGUAAUAAAGCAAAGGCUAAAGAAAAAGAAGGUUCUUUUGAUUCUUGAUGAUGUUGACAAUCUUGAACAAUUGUGUUCACUAGUUGGGGAGCCUAGCUGGUUUGGUUCCGGCAGUAGAGUUAUCAUAACAACUCGGGACAAACAUUUGCUAUCAAGUUAUAGGGUUGAGAGAAAAUAUGAGGUAUAUGGGUUAAGUACAAAAGAAGCUCUUGAUCUGCUUAGUUGGAAUGCUUUUAAAACAGAUGAAGAUGAUCCAUGUUAUGAGAAUGUUUUAAAUCAAGCAGUAGCCUAUGCUUCUUCCCUUCCAUUGGCUUUGGAAGUAAUAGGUUCUAACUUAUAUAGAAAAAGUAUACAAGAAUGGAAAUCUGCAUUAGAACAAUAUGAAAGGAUUCCAGAUAAAAAGAUCCAAAAGAUACUUAAAGUGAGCUUUGAUGCUCUGGAAGAAGAACAACAGAGUAUUUUCUUAGACAUUGCUUGUUGCUUCAAAGGAUAUCAAUUUAAAGAGGUUGAAAACAUACUCAAUGCUCAUCAUGACCAGUGCAUAAAAUAUCAAAUUGGAGUUUUGGUUGAUAAAUCUCUCAUAAAGAUUACUCAUUCGGGUCAAGUAACACUACAUGACUUGAUUGAGGAUAUGGGUAAAGAAAUUGUCCGACAAGAAUCACCAAAAGUGUUUGGAAAACGCAGUAGGUUAUGGUCUCAUAAAGAUAUAUUUGAAGUUUUGGGAGAAAAUACGGGAACAAGCAAAAUCCAAAUGAUGCAUCUUGAUUACCGGUCAUUUGAAGAAGUGGAUUGGGAUGGAGAGGCUUUCAAGAAGAUGAAAACACUCAAAACACUUAUUAUUAGGAAAUGUCAUUUUUCUAAAGGUCCCAAGUAUCUUCCAAAUAGUUUAAGAGUACUAGAGUGGUGGAAAUAUCCUUUACAACAUUUCCCAUGUGAUUUUCAUCCAAAGAAACUUUCCGUAUGCAAAUUACCGGAGAGUAACUUUAUGUCAUUGGACUUGCUAAGUUCAUCAAAGAAGUUCGUGACUAUGAAAGUUUUAAAACUCGAGCAAUGUGAAUAUUUAACACAAAUGCCUGACAUGUCUAGUCUCCCAAAUUUAGAAAAGCUAUCCUUUGCAUAUUGUACAAAUUUAAUUACAAUGGGCCAUUCAGUUUUGUCUUCGGACAAACUAAAAAUCCUCAAUGCUUUUGGAUGCAAACAGCUUAAGAGUGUUCCACCCCUCAAGUUGCCCUCUCUUGAAAAGCUCAAGCUUUCAGGUUGUUCAAGUCUUGUGAGUUUUCCAGAAAUAUUAGAAAAGAUGGAAAAUGUAACAAAACUAAAUUUACAUGACACUAACAUUAGGGAAUUUCCAUCAUCAUUUCAAAAUCUUAGUCGACUUGGAACAUUAGAAGUGACUGGCUUGCUGCCACCAAGGAGCUUAGUCAUGAUCCCACAAGUGGCUGAGCUAUUAAUCCUCGAGCCGCUAGAGGGGAUUUUGGAAACACAGGAAAAUGGUGAAGAAAAAGUGAGCUCAAUGCUGCUAUAUUCAAAUGUAGAAUAUCUUCAACUCAGAGAGUGCGUCCUGUCAGAUCAACUUUUGGCAGUAGUUCUCCCAUGGUUUCCUCACCUGUUAGUAUUAGACCUAAGCGAGAGUCAGUUCACAAUUCUUCCUGAAUGCAUCAAACAAUGCCACUUUUUAUGGAAGCUUGUCUUGGAUGGUUGCAAGCAACUUCAAGAAAUUGAGGGGAUUCCACCAAGCUUAAAACGCUUAUCUGCAAUAGGAUGUGAAUCCUUGAGUUUCUCAUGUAGAAGCAUGUUGCUGAAGCAGGAAAUUCAUGAGGCUGGAAACACUGACUUUAUUUUGCCAAGCCCAGAAACCGGAAGGAUUCCAGAGUGGUUCGAGCUACAAAGCAGGGGCCCGUCUCCUUCACUUUAUUUCUGGUUUCGUAACAACUUCCCUCACAACUUACUAUUCGGUUUUGCCUUUCCACUCACCUUUUUGGGCAGCUUAGAACUCUGUCUUGCUUAUCCACUUCCGCAAAAGAUGUAUCUUCCUAAAAAAUGUUUCUAUUUCAUUGACAAUGGCAAGGUUUUUAUAGAUCUUGAUUUCUAUGGAUUAAGACCAUUGGGGGGUUGUACACACCUUUUUAAUAUGCUGCCGAAGGAAGGGGAAGAGGAGGAAGAAGGGGAAGUGGAGGAAGGGGAAGAGGAAAUUGGAAAUGAGUGGCACCAUGCAGAGGUUAGGUUUGUCAACGAUGAGCAAAUUAGCUCAGAUGUGGAAAUUGGAAUCCAUGUAUUGAAAGAGCAAAGUAACAUGGAAGAUAUCCGAUUCACCAGUCCCUAUAAAAAGAGAAAAACAGACUUGAACUUGCCAGCACUUCAAGAGAAUGAUGUCAAUACUGAGUUGACUCUAUAAAGCACAACUUUGGAUUGACCAUUGCUCUCGGGGGUUGAUUCACAUCACAUGUGAAUAAGAGGGAAGGAGAUCAACUCUUACAACUCUGAAGCUCCAUCAUAUAGCUCAUUUAUAUUAUGAUCACAUGAGAUCAGAUGUUGAAGAUUUUGAAGUUUAGUCGCUGCCUCAAGGAGUUUUUAUCAGACUGGUAGGUUCAUAUUCAAUAAUCUCACGGUUGAUAAGUGAAACUGCUACUAAUGGAGCCUGGAGGUGAACUAUGUUGUGGCAUUCUUUUCUCCAGGUGCUGUGAACUUCAUAUAUUCAAACAGAUAUUUAGUUGAAUUUACAAAUCGAAUAUGAGAAAAUGGUUGAGCACCUGUGAGUGUGAAUUUUGUUAACACAAGCAUCAAAUUGGUGCACCUGUGAGUGUGAAUUCGUUUGUAAUCUUCAGAACCUAAGUUUUUACAGAAUGCUGACAACGCUCUUCAAG